GCGCCACAUCGAAAUGCCAAAGUCGAAAUACGUGCACGUACAGACGUCCUGAGAUGAGUUAAGACGACAGCUGUGAUACUACAUAAACAAUUGUGUAAAGGUUUUUGGUUAAAUAACACUCUUUGUUUGGAGAUAAGGAUAAGGUAUGGAUGAAGAGGCCAGUGGCAAACCCGUUCUUCUGGAAACAUCUGGAAAUGUAGUUGAUGCUGAAGAGGUCAAUGGUAGUCAAGAAGUGACCGUUAAAAAUGGUACAGCAGCUACUCCAGCACAAAGUAAGGUUACCAAGGAUGAAGGCUACAAUGCUGACAACCUAGAUGCCAGUGAUGGAGAGGGUGGGGCCCAUGAAGGAAGCUACCAGGUGAAUAGUGAUAAAGAAAGCCAAGGGGACAGCAUCAGUGAUACCGGUAGCUACUCCCCAAACACUGCCGAUGUCGAGGAUGACGAUCCGUCGCUCGAGCAAGGUACCUAUCGCAAGAUCAACAGUGUGGACGGGACAGCGGGCACUCCUGGUGCUGGCGGGGACCAAAGAGACAAUCACAAUGACCUCCUUGACCAGCUGCUGAACCAGGACCAGUGCGAUGACAGCGAGAGCGAACUCGGAAGCUAUCACAUUAACACGGACAAGGAGGAUGAUGAUGAGGGAAGGUACAAGGAUAAAGAAGGACUAUCAGAAGGAGAGUAUGACCUGAGCAGCAACCAGGAGUCAGAUGUUGAGGAAACUAUGGAUGAGGUGGAGUUGCUGAGGAUGAGGGCAUUGUGCAGACAGGAACAUACGCCUGAUGAACUUCCAGAGACUGUUACAAAGAUGACGACUGAACACGGAGCUCAAAUAUACAUUGUUGGGACUGCUCAUUUCAGUGAAAAUAGCCAAAAUGAUGUUGCCAAGACAAUUCAGGCUGUUCAGCCUGAUAUUGUAUUAUUAGAACUCUGCCGGGGACGGCUCUCCAUUUUGGAACUUGAUGAAGAAACGCUACUAGAAGAGGCUAAAAAUUUCAACCUUACUAAGUUAAGACAGUCGAUCAAGCAGAGUGGUGUAGUUGGUGGUAUCAUGCAAGCUCUGCUCCUCAAUCUCUCAGCACAUCUCACUAAAGAACUUGGUAUGGCACCAGGAGGAGAGUUCAGGAGAGCCGUCAGGGAGGCUCAGACGAUACCAGGCUGCAAGGUCCAUCUUGGAGAUCGUCCCAUUCAGAUCACCCUAAAGAGAGCGAUGGCAUCAUUAUCACCGUGGCAGAAACUCAGAUUAGCAUGGUAUCUCAUCACCAGUAAAGAACCAAUUACGAAAGAGGAGGUGGAAAAGUUCAAGCAGAAGGACCUACUUGAGGAAAUGCUCGGGGAGAUGACUGGGGAUUUCCCUGCCCUGAGUAGAGUGUUUGUCUCAGAGAGAGAUACCUAUCUAUCCCAGUCGCUCAAGGCUUGCUCUCAGCCUCAACCUCCUAGUGAUGAUGGGUUUGUGUAUCCAGCCCCUAUAGUUGUUGGUGUUGUUGGCAUGGGCCAUGUAAAAGGAAUGGUUGAUAUGUGGGACAAACCUGUAACAAAGGAGCAGCUCUUAGAAAUCACAAGUAUUCCAAGUCCAUCUCUGGCUGGGCGUCUAUUGAAAUGGAGCUUCCGGAUAUCAAUGGUCACUCUCCUGGCCUGGGGAUGCUACCGGUUUACCAAGUGGACAAAUUUAUCACUAUGGUAACGCAGACUUGACCUCGCCCUUCUUCCUCAUCAAAUCCAGCUUCAUCCUGAAAUGCAAUAAUUGUGGUUAUCGGAUUUAACCCUUUCUUCAGGGGAAACAAAUAAUGACGUUUCGAUUAUUUCAUUCAAAUGUGGGACAAUAAAUAUUUUAAUCUGCUUUUUUGUGAGUUUUAACUAUAGUUUUAUGAGAUUUUGAUUAGAGUUUUAACCCGAGUUUGAACUCGAGUUUUAUUACCUGAGUGGAGGUAGGAUGACCAUUUCUUUUUAAUAUGCAGUCAAACCUUCUUUAGUGACCACCUGCAUUGAAACAUCACCCAUCUAUGAAAACCAAAAUUUGGUUUCCAUUAAAAAAGAGUAUUCCCCAUUGAAACAUGUAUUUAAAAAUUUUGGCCAUAUAGAGCACCUUGAUAGAUGGUCUUUACAGACAGGUUUCACUGUACUUGCAAUAUUACUGCACAUGGUCGACAGGGUCCUGUUCAUAACACUUUACUCUCAUUAUAAUCCCUUAUAAAGCUGCCAUAUUGUUAUGAUGUGAAGUAGGCCUAUUUUAACUUGUCUGUAUGGACAUAUUAGCCCAGGGGGUGUUUCACCAAUUCUAAGCCUGACUGUAAGUCACAUGUUAAUUCCCAUUUGGGUGUGGUAUAUACAUUGUAAUGCAUUACAGCAAUUAAAUGAGUGUUUGGUACUAUUAAAUAGCCUUAAAAACGGACAUACUGAAGCUUUUCAACAUGCACUCAUUAGACUAAAAUUGCGUGGAUGACCAGAGCCAACUGCACAGAAACGUUGUUAGCCUUAACAGUAAGCCCCAUCACAUCAUUCGGAUAGUUAAGUCAAAACAUUUAUUCAAAUGUGUAAGUAAUGCAUUAUUGUUACAUUAGGCAUCACUGUCACAUUACCGAUUGUAACAGGGUCUCUGUUGGCGUACUGUUAGCGCUAAAAACAUUUCUGUGCGGUCAGUACAGAACGCUAGUGCGAAACAAUAUAUAAUAGAACCGAAACAGACUAUGGACGCUAAACAACGAGCUGUGAUUGGCUGUCCAGUUAAACAAUUUAAGCUUAGUAACAGCUGUAAAUUGAAGCAAAGCAAGGGUUCUUAUGAACUCUUUCUGGCGGCACAGAAUGGGGUCAGUUAGCUGAAUAUAUGCUGCCUCUAGCAUGCACAGGCGAGAGAAACUCCUUGCUUGGCUGAGUACCUUAACCCAAUGUGAACAUUAUUGUUCCGUACGUGCUUUUUCAUUCUUGCAAUUUUACUCCAAUGAGUGCAUGUCAAAAAGCUUCAGUAUGUCCGUUAUUAAGGCUAUUUAUUAUUACAGCAUUUGUUAGAUAAGUACCUCCCUAGCAAUCUAAGUUGGGUAUGAUCGAGUUAAUGAGUCCAUUUUGAAAUGUUUCCAUAAAUAUGUUUAUGAUACAGAGUCAGCGUGAAUUCCAUGUAUCAUUUUUGAAGAGGGAAAUAGAUGUACAUGUAGAAGGAAUAUAAAAGUACAGUAAUAAAUACGUAAAAUGAUCAAAGAGACUUAGUUCUUAUAUUUAUGAAGUGAAAUUCAGGUUCUUAUAUUACCACAUCUACUUGAUGUUUUAGUUUAUAUUUAUCAGCUUUUAAUCUUAUUUUAUGAUGAUUUCUUCCAUUUGAUUUUCUCCCUAAUUAUUGUUUGUCUGAAAUAUAUAUCUGUAUGGUAAUUAACCACUAACCAAGUUUAUAUGGCUGUGAUGUUCCUCCUUUUUGUGAAUAUGAUUUAUAUAUGACUAUUACUUUUGAUAUUUACUCAAUUUAUCUUUCUUUCGAACCUCCAAAUUAUCAUUAAGAUUGUACAUGUAGGUAUGUGUCCUUUCAAAUCGUGCAAUUAGUUUUUAUUUACUUCUUUCUAAAUGUACCCCUUAUUUAAUUUGUUAUUCACUCCUAUAUAUAAAUUUGAUAUGUUUCCCCUAAGCUUCUUUCCUUUUCAAAUGAAUUAAAAAUAUUCCUUCUUUGAUUGACGAGCAUUUAUUUUACAUCUAAGGAUGGAGGGGGAGGCAUGAUUGUGCCCCUAAAAAUUUAACUUGAAAUUAAACAUGAAUUUCUAUUUAUUCCACGCAAAAAAAACCCAGACGAUGUUCCAUAUAUUCUUAUGAGUAAGUGUGCCAAAAAUAUGAUAAAAAUUUGAGAGUAAUACAUGAUUUUUCUGGGGAAAAACCUUGGUGAGUCAUUUUCACAAUGAACGAAUGAAUGGUGCCCCAUGUCUGCACACCGAUUCACUUUACACACGAUUCAGGGAUUUUGAUGAGAAAGGCUGCAUUUUGAGGCUGUUACAUGAAAUGCUAGGAAUUCAAUAUUUUUCCACUAUUUUGAGUCAGAUUUUGUAAAGAAUAUCUGUUUAUGUACUGAAAUUUGUGGUCAUUGCGUGUCUUCUUUUACUGGAAUCAUGCAGAUACACGUAUGCGCAGACAAGGGGCAUUGCGGAGACUUGGUACACCUUACUGUACUUGGGUGCAUUUCAUGAACAUUUUUGUAAGUGGUAUUUCACUUGCAGAUGUUAUAAACUAUUGUAAAUCUUUGCAUCUUGUUGGCUUAGAUAAAAUUAAAGAGUGAAAAUCACUGAAAAAGCUAUCCAUGAAACACUCCCCUGGUGUUCAUGGUGAAUAGACAUUUUUUUGUCAUUUUAAGUACAAUGUGCCUCAACAAAAGUAAUGUCCACAGCUUUGCUGCAUGCUGGGAUUCACAGUAGCUUUUCUGAAUCUCUUGAAUCACUGAUUUCAUGACAUACUCCCCUGGGGUGGUGUCUUGAUAAGAAAAUAUCUUGAAGAAUGCAUGGACGAUGUAUUGUUUUAGGUAUAAUGUGCCUCAACAAAAGUUGUGUGUAAUGACACCGUUGAUAUCAAACAUGAAAUGGGCCCCUAUCUUAGAAUAAGAGUGCAUAGUUGUGAUAUUGUUUUAGGUACAAUAUGCCUCAGCAAGAGUUGUGUCCACUGCUUAGCUUCGCUUCAUGCUGUCUUUCACCCGGCUUUCCUGAAUCUCCUAAUGGUUAUUCUAAAUGGAUACUUGAGAAUUAGAAUGGGAAAGAAGCCAAGUAGGAUUCCUGCUGACAACUAUGGCUAUACAUGGCUUGGAUGUUGUUCAGGUACUUUUAAAGGAUAAGCUGCACGAGUUUGAUAUCAGCUGGUGAUUGGUUUAAAUCUCAGUUGCAGCUGUUUUAGUGUACAGUCAUUUUGUAAUUAAGAGUUCUGCCUAAUGCCACCAUUGAGAUAAAACAUGUAGAAGGAUCAUGUGUAUUCGUGGUGCACCCACCUUGAAGUCAUUGCUUGCCAUCUGGGAUAUAGCUAUUGGGUACAUUAAAGUUAGCGUGAUGUGCCAAUCCUGGUAUUUUGCUAACGAUACAGAUACAUUUCCUGCUGAAGGCUGGGACUGCUCGCUGCACCUUCUUGAAUAGAAAUAGUUAUUAUUAUAACUUUACCUUCCAAUUUUAACGAUUGUGGUAACAGUGCUCGACUGCCUCGAUGGCCAAUUAAAUAAGGAAUUCUAAAGAAGCUGGCAAAAUUCCUGAUGGCCUUUUUAUGCAACAUGACCUGCCUAUGUUUGAGGUAUUAGUUUUCUGCCGGUCUGAUCACAGUGUCCAGUGUGAAUAAGAUUUUAACCUGCACAAGCUGACAAAUUUCCCUGUCGUGGCUUUCUGUGUCAUUGAUAAUUCACCAUAUUGGAUACUUUACUUCCUCCUCCAGUUUAAACCGGGGUAUAUUUGACAGGGCAUAUUGCCUCUAUUUUUAUUUUCAAUAUUUAAUUCUCUGUCCUAUUCCAAUGAAGGGUAGCUUAUAUAAUUAUGCGUAUUGAGUAGACCAUGUGCAUGUUUUGUAUUACUGAAUUGUAAAAUAAGAGUACAAUUCUGGUUUGUUUAUUUAUGUUUGAACAACUAGACUGUCACUUUGACUGUCCUCUUUGUACAGCAAUCUACAGUGUAUAUGAACUAAUCAACAUGAUCAAAAUAUGAUACCACAAUAAUCUGAUUUCAUUAUAUUUGUAGGGAAUUCAAUCCCUCCAUUCGAAAGAAUAAGAUGUUUAUGAUGUUGGAGGUCAAGUUUUUAAUAUAUUUUAGACCCUGGUGAGUUUCAUCAUGUUGAUUAAAAUGUCUCAUGCACAAAAUCAUAGAUAUAAUCAGUUCAUAUCCAUAUGACCUUUAUCAAAAUAUAUUAGAGUUUGUGAUUUUUAUCUUGGAUUCUUGUAUGUGAGAGACCUAUUAAAGAAACUUGUAAAAUAACCUAGAAUGAGAAAAUGAAUCCCCAU